AUGAUGGCAGAAAAUCGACGAAAAAAUCUGGAUGAGAAGAAUGCGCUGAUUUCAUUGCAAUGUUACUGGAGUAUUCAUAUAUUUAAUAAAAAAAAAAGAAGUCAAAAUAGACGAAUGAUCUUAUCAAAUUUUGUAUAUAAUUUCCUUUUCUUCUCCAUUGUAUAUUCAAUUCCAAUACCACCGACAAUCAUCACCGAACCUGAUUCUGAAAUUGUUUUUGACUCACGUUUGAAUCUCGAAUUACCUUGUCUUGCUCAAGGUGAUCCAACGCCAAGUUAUACCUGGACUAAAAAUGGACAGGUGUAUAAUCUCAAUACUCAAAAUAAUCGUGUGAUGAUGACUGCUGAUUCAGGAACUUUGAUUUUCACUCAACCGGAAAGUCUUGAUCAAGGAUGGUAUCAGUGCAACGCAACAAAUGAUUGGGGUACAAAUCGAUUGAAUAGAAGUCUUCAGAAGAUCGUUAUAUUGAUUGCUUUAGGUACGGCGAUAUCACGUAAAGUUUAUGUACUUCAGGCAGAACUGGGUGAAUUUUCGACAUAUGACAAACCUCAAGAGAUUUCUGUACGCCGUGGUGAUUCAUUGAGAAUUCCGUGCAAAUCACCGAUCGCUACGCCUGAUCCAGAUAUUUAUUGGACAGAUAGUACCAACGCGGGUGAUCAAUUGGGUUUUCGUGUGACGAAUCCACGUAUUCAACAAGAUUAUCAUGGAAACCUCUAUUUUCUCAACGUGAAAGAUGAAGAUGAGCGAAAACAGUUUGUGUGCAAUGUUUUAUCACGCCAAUUGAAUCUCAUUCGUCGCGGUUCGACUACUCAAUUGAAAAUUAUAAAAUCCGAACCAAUCGAACGGAAACCAUUGAGGUUAUGGGCCUCGAACGCAACUCAAACCGCUCUCAAAGGUCAGACAUUAUCUUUAAAAUGUAUUUUCGGUGGUUUGCCAACACCGCAUGUCAGCUGGAGAAAAACUCAUGGUUCCAUUCCUGAGAAACGCUCAACACUAAAUCUCGAAAAACAAGAACUAAUCAUAACAGAUCUUCAAUACGAAGACGCUGGUGUCUACGAAUGUCGUGGACACAACGAAUUUGGUUAUGAUGUCUUCAGUAUUAAUGUUCAAGUCGAUUCUGCUCCGUAUUGGAUUGGAAAACCGAAAGAUAUCAACAUUGCUGAAGGCGAAACUGUCGAUGUGAUUUGCAAUGCCGAAUCUCGACCAAGUCAACAAGAAAUUCAAUGGUUGAGGAACGGCAUUCCCAUCGAGGAUAGACGUGUACCGUAUAAUCCAUCUCGUCGUCUUCGGAAAAACCGCUUGACAAUACAAAAUGUAACAAAACUUGAUACAGCUGUUUAUCAAUGUAAUAUAUCGAAUAUACAUGGUUUUGUUUAUACAAAUUUCUUCGUAAAUGUUAUGUCACAAAAGCCAGAAAUUCAGCGUGGACCGGAAGCACUCUACCGUGUUGUUGAAGGGAAAAAUGUCGUUUUACCUUGUGAAUCAUUUGGCAUACCUAUGCCUAAGGUCUAUUGGAAAAAACGUGAUCGGAUUAUAACUGGUGGAAAGUAUUCGUUAUCGAAAGAUGGAAAUUUGACCAUCCGAGGAGUAUCAGCAUCGGAUAAUGGAGUUUAUACUUGCAACGCAACGAAUAAAUUCGGUUUUGCUACACGGAAUACAACAUUGAAUGUGAAACAGAAAACGCGUAUCAAAACUCGACCGAAUAAUCUCGAAGUUCGUCGAGGUGCCAAUGCAAUUUUUCAAUGCUCGGCUAGUGCUGAUCAAACGCUAGGCUUAACUGUCGAUUGGUAUAAAGAUGGUGAACUGUUGACUUAUACUGGUCGAUUUAUCAAGGAUACGAUCGAUCCAAAUCAAUUAAAGAUUGUUGAUGUGCAAUUCGACGAUGCAGGUUCAUAUGUAUGUCGUGCAAGUACAGAUAUCGACUUUGACGAAGCAACUGCCACACUGGUUGUGCAAGAUCGACCAAACAAACCGACGAUAACAAAAAUUAUGUGUAAUGGAACGUCGGAUCAGCCAUUUGCUAUUGUUCAAUGGGCAGGAACAGGUGAUAAUAACGCUCGAAUCUUGUACUAUGAAUUGCAAUACAAUACAUCAUUUCAAGUCAAUGAUUGGACUUCUGUACCCAUUGAGCAGAAACGAAAAUCUUUCAAUGAAAUCAAAUCGCAAGAUGGUUCGAAUACGUUAGAACCCAAAACGACCAUUUUUAAAACGACACACUUGCCUGCAAAUCAAAAUGAUCUACGUGUCGCAUUGGCAUGUUGGACCAACUAUACAUUUCGUAUCAUAGCCUACAAUCGUAUUGGCGCAAGCGAUCCAAGUCCGAUAUCGGAAUCAAUGUGUUCAACCAAAGCAUGUCGACCGAAAACCAAUCCAGCACAAGUGAAGGCAUCUGCUACGCAAUCAUCACCUCUAUUAAUCGAAUGGGAGAGUAUGCCAGCCAUUCAGUGGGGUGCACCAAAAUUUUGGUAUGAAGUUGGCUGGCGGCAAGCCCCCGUGGGUACAAAACCAGGACCAUUUAUUACCCAACAUGUUAGUCCGCCGCAACGACAAUUCUCAGUUCCAAGCUCAGUUAUGAACAUGCGAUAUGAAUAUUAUGUGAAAGCUGUUAAUCAACAGCCAGGAGAAUCCAAUAGUACAUAUGCCACUGACAAUCCAAAAACUAACAUCGCAUUCGCUGGCGAUUCAGCUCCAACAUAUGUUCCACGCAAUUUUCGUGUAUUACAUAUGCUCGAUAGUACUACAGUGCAGUUUGCGUGGGAUCCGCCUCUACCUUCCGAUGAAACCGAUAUUCGCGGUGUCAUUAAAGGAUAUCAGAUUGAAGUCUUUCGACUUGAUGAUCCGGAAAGUACACGCCGUGUAGAAUCAAAUAUACCAGCCAAUCAAACUAUGGCAACUGUAUUUAAUGCGCCACCAAAUGCAGACGUGGGUGCACAUAUUUGUAUUGAAACUGAAAGAUACUUUGGACCGACAAGUCCUGUCAUACAAUUUCCAACUAGAGAAGGUCGUCCAGGACCUGUAACUAAUUUACGUGGUGUACCCUAUACUAAUAAUGGUAUAUUUUUGCUUUGGGAUCCACCAGACGAUACUAAUGGUAUUAUUAUCGGUUAUCAAAUUGAUUACAAAGCAAUCGAUAGCAUUGCUUCUCAACCUGAUCUUGAUCAACCUUCGAUCUUACUUCGUGAUGAUACUCGUCGAAGUUAUCUUCUUGGUAGCCUUAAGCCAGAUACAAAAUAUCGUGUUCAAGUUCGCGCACGCACUUCAGUCGGCCUAUCAACUAGUCCAGCUAUCAUCGAACUAACAACAAACCAAAGUCUUGUUCCAUCGAAGCCAACGUUUACUGUUACUUAUCGCGGAACAACAUUUUUCAAUAUCUCAUUCGAUCCGACCAUUAUGGCCGUACCCGGUAGCCUUUAUUAUGUACAAUUCAAGGAAAACGAUAAAGAAGGUCUCGCUUUGUUCAAGAAAUCAUAUGCUGUAUCGAAUGAACGUAAUAUUCUGGUCAAUUCCCUCGAACCGGGAAAAACUUACACGGCAAUCUUAGUAGCUGGCGACGGCAUCGAAGGUGAAACGAAAAGUGAUCCGCAAAUGGUUACAACGUUAAGCAAGGGUAUGUGUUAUUCUUUGUAUUUUACCGAAUGA